GGGUGUUGUAUUGUUUUAUGCGCCAGGACGCCGGUCAUCAGCACCGAGUUGUAUUUUUUCUCCAGGAGGAAACCAAGUAGACAAAGAACUUUACAGUCGUCGAUACCAGGGUUCCCGGUGUAAGACGGACCACACGGUGAGCAGAGGACACCAAGUACAUAUCGGGAGCUCCAUCAAUUUUUCAAAAUUUUUUCCAACUUCAGCCCUCAGACAAACAUUAGCAUGAUGUCGUAUCUAAAGCAACCACCUUACACAGUUAAUGGCCUCAGCUUAACUACUUCUGGAAUGGACCUUUUGCAUCCAUCAGUAGGCUAUCCAGCAACGCCACGGAAGCAGAGGCGAGAGAGGACUACUUUUACACGCGCACAGCUCGACAUUUUGGAGGCGUUAUUCGGCAAAACUCGGUACCCGGACAUAUUCAUGCGCGAAGAGGUGGCAUUGAAAAUUAAUCUACCUGAGUCCCGAGUACAGGUCUGGUUUAAGAACCGGCGGGCAAAGUGUCGCCAGCAGCAGCAACAGCAACAGAACGGGGGUCAGAACAAGGUGCGACCUGCCAAAAAGAAAAGUUCCCCAACCAGAGAAGUGAGCUCAGAGAGCGGGGCCAGCGGCCAGUUCACGCCCCCCACAAGCACCACCACCGCCCCCGUCAUCUCCACCAGCACCGCCCCAGUGUCCAUCUGGAGCCCGGCGUCCAUCUCUCCGCUCUCAGACCCCCUGUCUACCUCCUCCUCCUGCAUGCAGAGGUCUUAUCCCAUGACCUACACCCAGGCCUCGGGCUACAGCCAGAGCUACGCCGGCUCGACGUCCUACUUCGGCGGCAUGGACUGCGGCUCUUACCUCACUCCCAUGCACCACCAGUUGUCAGGCCCUGGCUCAACACUUAGUCCGAUGAGCACAAACGCGGUCACGAGCCAUCUGAACCAGUCCCCGGCGUCCCUCUCCACCCAAGGCUACGGGACGUCCGGCCUGGGCUUCAACUCCACAGCAGACUGCUUGGAUUAUAAGGACCAAGCGGCGUCGUGGAAGCUGAACUUCAAUGCCGAUUGCUUGGAUUAUAAGGAUCAAACAUCCUCGUGGAAAUUCCAGGUCCUGUGAACAGAGCAAUCAGCUGUCAAAAAAGUGCACAAAACAGUGACGAUCACAUCAGACACGGCGCUGCCACCCCUCAAUAAAACAGUCAGCCGGGCUCGGCGAGGCAGGGCUCUCAGGGGCCUCGGGUUUUUGGCAUGAUGGUCUUUGGUCCUCUUAGAGGAGAGGUUUAAUUUAUUUUAGCACCGGCUAAGAGAUUUUUUCCGUUCGUUCACAGGUUGUAGCCCCUCAUCCAUGUCUGUCAGUGUGUGCCUCUACGCGUAAAAAACACCUGUUGAGGGCAACACACAAUGGACUAAAAGAAAAGUACACCGCAGCCACGGAACUAAUGUUUAUCCAAGAACAUAACUCACGUCCAUUCUCCUCGUGAAGUGCUCGGGCUGGACAGACCUCCUUCUCAAGCUCCUUACGCAACUUUGCCGACAUGCAGAGACACAUGAGGAUGGUGUGUGGACAUGGAUGCACUACUUUAUUUAAGAAAAAAAGUGUUUAUAAGGAAUCAAUAUGUAGUUUCUAAGAGACAAUCAGUGUGUGUCUUAUAUAAAUGGUACAUUUGUGUUUUUAUUUUAUUUUAUCUGUGCUAGCCUUCGAAACUGUGAUCUGUUGUAUUGUAUGCAAUGUGUGAGCCCCCCUCGCAUCAGACUCUCUGCUGUGAUUUUAAUAGAUUUCUAACUUUUUUUGAACAACAAAAGAUGCUAAUGGUUCAAUGACCGGCAUCACAAAGAGAGACGGGACUUUCCAAGCGAAUGGUAGGUAUAAUCAAGAGUUAGCUAUACUGGAAAUGACUCUCGGCUGCAUAGAGCUCUCCACUUGCUCCCCUCCAUUGAUCUCAACACACGGUGAUGGUGGAUCCUUUACUGGCUCCAAAGAUGGUGUGACCUCACCGCUGAAAAGACAUGAAUAAAGGUCCAGUGAGCUUACUCUUUCAUC